CAGAAUGACCUGACCACCGCGUGGCUCCACCGUAAUGUCAAUCAAUGUCAGGGUGCAGUCGCCAUAAAUUAAAACCCGUGUUCCAUUCACCCAUAUAAAUAAAAUGACUCUAAAUUCAAACCCAAAAGGCAAAGACACUCCGAAAAGAAACUAAACGGAGACUCGAUGCAGCAAAAUUCACGUUUCGUGCUCCUCUCGCUAUCCCUCCUUUUCCUUCCAUUCAUUUUCUCCAACGCCGAAAAGGGCCAUCUUUUCGGAGGAUGGACACCGAUCAAGGACAUCAAGGACCCUCACGUGAUGGAGAUUGCAGAAUUUGCCGUCGAUGAGUAUAACAAGCAGUCAAACUCGAGUUUAAUUUUGCAGAAGGUGGUGAAAGGUGAAACCCAGGUGGUGGCCGGGAUUAACUAUCGGCUGGUUUUGAAGGCAAAGAAUGGAAGCAUGGCUAAGAAAUACCAGGCUGUGGUGUGGGAGAAGUCGUGGCUGAAUUUCAGAAAUCUUACCUCCUUUACUCUCGUCAAGGGUUAGAUUUUAUUAUCAUGCUAUGGUUGUUCAUGUAUGUCAUAUUAUCCUUUUAUGUUCCGAUGUUACGGAGAAUAAAAUCUUUUUAAUACAUAUUUACGUUGCUUAA